AUGGAGCAUAUAAGUACAAUCUAAUUUGUGACUAAUGUUUACAAUUAAUAAAUUGUAAUUAGAUUUUUAAACAAUUUAGAGAUGAAUCAUAAAUUAAUACUUUCACAAUUGCUAAUUUUGCUAUUUAUAUCUAUUACAAGAGCUGAAAGCUCAGAUUUAGAAAAUAAAGUUCUUUCAAAUUUCAAAGAGUAGAAUUCUGAUAAUCAGGCAUUGGAAUCAGGCUCGGCUUGCACUCCGGGCUGUAUGACAUGCUCUUCUUAUGGAUGUAUAACAUGCUAUGAUGGAUAUUAUUUAGAAACUAAUCUAUAAUGUGUUAAAUGCCCCAUGAAAGAUUGUGUUACUUGUAAUAAUGCUGGGUGCCUCGAAUGCCCUACUAAUUACUUCUUGUUUGAAUUUAAUUGUGUACCUUGCCAAUAAAAGAAUUGCCCUACUUGCAACGGUUAUGGUUGCACUUCUUGCUUUGAUGGGUUUUAUCUUUAGGCUGGUGUUUGUAUUUUAUGUCAAGAACACUGCAAACUUUGCAAUGCUUUUGGAUGCUAAACUUGCAAAGAUGGAUAUUUUUGGGAUGGAAAACACUGCUAAUUAAGAUGCAAUGUUCCUAAUUGCCAAACUUGCGAUAGAGAUGGAGAUUGUGUAGUCUGUUAAAUAGGAUAUACUCUCCAAAAUUUUAAGUGCAUUUAAAAUAAAAAAUUCUUAGAAGAAGGAAUCAAUUCUUAUUAAUGA